UAUGAAAAUUGUAUUAUGAAUAUGGUAUUUAUGGUAAUUUUCUAUUAUAAAAGUACAUUUAUUUUGAAAAACAUUUUUUAUUCUAGAACUACAAAUAAAUUGAAACGGAUGAAAUAUUUAUACUGUAACCCCGAUAAUUUUUUCUCUUGGGUCCGCCACCACCGAAAACCCUCACGUGUGAUCGUCUAUCUUGAACAAAUCUAUAUAUUAAAAUAAUAAAUAAAUAUCGAUAAGUCGUUUUUAAAAAACAGUUAUUGAUAGUCUUGUACUCUUGUUCACAUGUUACCCCACACCAUUGACUUUUAAUUAACUCUAUAAUAAGUAAACAUAAUUAUCAAAAUUUUAAAUAUGUAUCGAACAUAUACCCACCCCAUUCAUCAUCUUUGAGCUUAUGGUGCAUCUGAUAGCUCAAAUUUAUUCGAACUAAAAGCACUGCACAAAUUUGCACCAAAAUUAAAAACAGUUGAUCUGCCAUGGCCAAAACAGACCACCAAGUGUUCAUUAGUUUCAGAGGAGCAGACGUGCGAAAAAACUUCCUAAGCUUCCUUACAGACGGGCUAAAAAGGGCAUGCGUAAAUUACUAUGUCGACACUAAAGAGACGAAAGGUGAAGUUCUUGACAUCCUUCUUCAAAGGAUCCAAGAGUCGCGGCUCGUGCUGAUCAUCUUGUCCGAAAACUACAUGCAGUCGAAUUGGUGCAUCAAAGAGCUGCGCACGACGACUAAGGAUAUAAAAGUGUCAAGAAGGAAGGUCAUCCCGAUCUUCUAUAAUGUCCAAGUCGCAGAUGUGAAGGACAAAUGGAAAGUUGGCGAACAAGCAGAAGGAGUAGAAGGAGAAGAGACAGUGGAAGAGAGGGAGAAAAACGUGAAGGAAGCUUUGAUGAUUCUUACGAGGCAUAUGGGUAUGAGAUCUGAUGAGUACGGUACUGACUGUGAAUUCAUAGAACAUAUCGUCAAGGAAGUAAAGAAAGUGUUAACCAGUAUCGAACAAGAGGAGAAGGUGAAGGCUUCCGUCAAUACUACGGUGAGAUCUGAAGGAGAGAAGCAGGAAGUGUCUUCGCUCACGGGGACAAACUUGCCAGGAGAAGGAGAAGAGCUUGAGACAAAGGAAAAUGUUAAGUUCUUUGGGAUCACGCAACGUCUACAAAAGCUACAAGAGAAGUUAGGUAUGCAUGGAGUGGUUUCCAAGGAAACUCGUAUUAUUGGAGUUCUUGGGAUGGCUGGUAUUGGUAAAACCACAAUCGCACACAAGUUGUUUGAGGAGGGAAAAAACAAGUUUCAUCAAAGAAUGUUUUUCGAUGAUAUUGAUAAAACCUCAAAGGAAGAAGGGCUUACUGAAUUGCGGGUUAGACUCCUGAGAAAGCUUUUGAAGAAGACAGAUAAGACGAUAACCGAAGAGACCACACAUGAAUCCGUGGAGACGGAGCUACUUGAUAGCAAUGUUUUUCUUGUCCUGGAUAACGUAAGCAACAAGAAACAACUAGAGUAUCUUCUCGGAAACAGAAGGUGGAUUAGCCAAGGCAGCAAGGUUGUUAUUGUGACAAGCGAUAAAUCAUUGGUCGAGGAUGUUGUCAGUGAUACUUACGUUGUCCCAGGAUUGAACGAGAAGGAAGGGUUAGAGUGUUUUUGUUAUCAUGCCUUUGGUGACCACAAAGUCCAUGAAGGAAGUUUGAUGAAGCAAUCAAGAGAGUUUGUGGAUUACGCUAGAGGAAACCCAUUAGCUCUCAAGGUACUUGGACCGGAGCUUCGUGGUAGAGACAAGGCUCACUGGGAAUCCAAGCUACUUCAACUCGCACAAAGUCCAAGCAAUGUGUUGAAUGUGAGUUACGAUGGUCUUAGCCAGCAACAAAAGGAAGCAUUUCUUGAUGUCACUUGUUUCUUCAGAUCAGAAAAUCACAAGUUUGUGACAGCUUUGGUCGAUUCUGAGCCUGACAAGGGUAGUAGCGAGAUCAGAGAUCUUGCGGACAAGUUCCUGAUAGAUAUCACUGGUGGCCGAGUAGAGAUGCAUAAUUUACUGUACACACUGGGGAAGAAACUAGCUUCCAAACAACAAAAGAGGCUAUGUAACCAUCAUGAAAUUAUCCGAGCGUUAAAGAAAAAAACGGGGAAAAGCACUAUCAAUGGUAUCAGAGGUAUGUUUUUGGACAUGUCUGAAGUAGGCACUGACACAGCAUUAAGCAAAGAGGCUUUUAAUGGGAUGGACAAUCUUCGAUAUCUCAAAAUCUAUGACUCUCAGUUUCCUCAAGAAAAUGAAGCUGGCUACAAACUACACUUCUCCAAUGGAGUUAAGUUACCGUUACAAAAGAUCAGGUAUCUCCACUGGCUGAGAUUCCCAGGGGAAGAACUUCCUCAAGACUUCAACCCUAAAAAUCUUAUUGACCUCAAGCUGCCUUAUAGCAAGAUUAAACGGCUUUGGGAUGGUGUUAAGGAUACAUCAAAAUUAACAUGGGUCGAUCUCAGCCACUCAGUCAACCUUAGCGACUUGUCGGGCUUAUUAGGAUCCCAAAAUCUUGGAAGACUGAACCUGGAAGGCUGCAAAGAGUUGAAAACAUUAGACGCAAGGAUGGAGAGCUUGACAAGCCUUGUUUUCCUGAAUCUGAGGGGCUGCUCAAGUCUUGUAUCACUCACAGAGAUGAAUAUGGAGUCUCUUAAAACACUCAUCCUCAGUGACUGCUCGAAUCUCGAGGAGUUUCAGAUAAUAUCAGAACAACUAGAAGCAUUAUACUUAGAUGGAACAUCCAUAAAGACACUUCCUCCAUCUAUGAUCAAGCUCCAGAAACUAGUCUUGUUGAACCUCAAGGACUGCACAAAGCUAGCGACCGUGCCCGGCUGUCUUGGUAAUAUGAAAGCUCUUCAAGAAGUAAUACUCUCAGGUUGUAAAAAGAUGGAGACCUUUCCUGAUCUGCAAGAGAACAUGAGACGGCUGCGAAUAUUUCUGCUUGAUGGAACAUCGAUAAAAGAGGUGCCAAAGCUAUUGCAAAACCCUGGCCUCUCAAGAUGGCCACACCAUGGUGGUGUCAAAGGCUUCCCCUUGUUGAGACACCUCAGCUUAAGAGGAAACGAUAAGAUCCAAAGCCUGCAACCUGACAUUGGUGACCUGUACCAUCUAAAAUAUAUUGACUUGAAGUUCUGCAAGAACCUUGCAUCUGUUCCGACGCUCCCACCAAACCUUCAAUGCUUAAAUGCACAUGGCUGUGAGUCACUGACAACAUUGGGAAACCCACUUGCCCAUCUUGUUCUGACAGAUCAAAUCCAUGCCACACUCAUUUUCUCAAACUGCAACAAACUUGAUGAAGAUGCAAAAACUGGUAUCGUUUCAUACAUUCAGAAGAAGAGCCAGUUGAUGUCAGAUGCAAUUGAUCGCUACAAUUUGGGCUCCGUUGUGGAACCUUUUGUUGGAGCUUGCUUUCCUGGAUGUGAAGUACAUGCAUCGUUAAGUCACCAAGCCUACGGAUCAGUGAUAGUACUACCAGAACUGUCGCGACACUGGAGUAACAAUGGGACCACUGGUGUAGUUCUAUGUGCAGUUGUCUCCUUUACAGAUUACCAAGACCAAAACAAUCAUGUCCUAGUGAAAUGCACCUGUGAGUUCAAGACUUCAGAUGGGUCUUUGAGGCAGUUUAGUUGCAUGGUAGGAGGAAAUCGGCCGCGGACGAUCAACUCAGACCACGUAUUUGUUGGAUACACGAGCUGGUUGCAGAUCAAGAAACAAAAGGAAGCAGAUGAUGAUGAUGAUAAGAAGGAUUAUAGUUGUAGUGAUGAUGAUCAGGCUUCUCUUAGAUUUGAAGUGAUAGAUAGUACAAGAGAGCUGGUGAAAAAUUGUCAGGUGAUAAAGUGUGGUUUCAGUUUGGUCAAUGAAUCUGAUGAAGCUGAAAGUUUUUCUUGGGAGGUCAACAGGAUCCAUGGUGAAGCUUCAGAGAUGGAAGUGAUCAAUCAACAAGGAGAAACAAGCACAGUGAGUAAUAACAGCACCCAGGGUGUAUUAGCAAGCAGAAUAAUUGAUAAUGAAGAAGCUUUGAGGAGCCAACAAAGAGAAACAACAUCCAUAGGUACUAACAAUAACGAUACCAAUGAUGUGUUGAUGUUGUUACAAGCGUAUUCAGACGAUAGCGAAGUAACUGAUGGUGAUGAAUCUCAAAGGAUGGAAGAGAUCAACCAACAAGGAGACACAAUCUCAAUAGGUGAUGUAUCAAUGGUGUCUCAGGAUUCAGAAGAAAGUGACGAAUCAGAGAUUAAUGAACAAGAUGAGACAAACUCUUGCGUAUCUUCAGAGGAUCAAGGGAAUAGCUAUGUGCAGGAAUGUGGUAGAGUAACAGAAAACACAAGUGCGCAGAUGAUAAAACCUGUUGGGCUUCUUUGUCUUAUGAUCUCCAUUUCUGCUGGAGCUGCUUUCAUCCUGGGAAAGAGAAAGAGAUGAAGACUCUCCAUCAUAGACAUGAAUCCAUAUGGAUCCCUUCAUUAUCUAGCCAUUACGUUCUCUGUAAUAACUUUUUGUCAUAUUGUACAAGAUCUUUAGACCUACAACUAGCCGACUGCAUUUCAUAGUAGUAAAAUAGAAAGUUAAAUUUU